AAGAUGCACAUGUUUCCAUGUUGUAAGUUAAUAUGAAGAUGCACAUGUUUUCUACAGCUGAAACUCUGUACGGACCCAUGCACAGCCAACAAGGAGUAGAUCAGUACCUGAAUGCUGUCUCAGAGGCCAAGGAACAAGGUGGCACAGUGGUAUAUGGUGGAAAGGUGAUGGAUCUCCCUGGACACUAUGUUGAACCGACGAUAGUGACUGGCCUGGCCCAUGAUGCUCCUAUUGUCCACAAGGAAACAUUUGCUCCUGUGGUUUAUGUGAUUAAGUUCUCUAACCUGGACGAUGCGAUGAAAUGGAACAACGAAGUUAAACAAGGUCUUACUAGCAGUCUCUUCACCAAAGAUCUCACCAAUGUCUUCAAAUGGAUAGGACCAAAAGGAUCAGACUGUGGUAUUGUGAAUGUCAACAUUCCUACAAGUGGUGCAGAAAUUGGGGGAGCUUUUGGUGGUGAGAAGCACACUGGAGGCGGGCGCGAGUCUGGUAGUGAUGCUUGGAAACAGUACAUGAGGCGAUCCACAUGCACAAUCAACUGUGGAAAAGAGCUGCCUUUAGCCCAGGGUAUCAAGUUCGAGUAAAACCAAUAAAUAUUGAAGAUGAUUACUGCUUCCAUUUUCACUAGUCAAAAAAAUUCAGACGUCCGCAUUGUUUACACAGAUGCCAUCAAUUAUGUAGACCUAUAUAUUGGAUAUUAUUGAUAAAGUGUUGUUUUUAGAAUCAGAUCGUAAACGGACAUUGUAUUUGAAUUUAAGAUUGUAAACAGCUAUGAUAUUGAAUUAAAAUGGAAUAACAUUCAUUUGGUUAGCAGUUGAUCUGAUUAUAGAAAGUGAAUACUCAGCAUAUCAUGCAAACUCUGUCAUAAUGCGUAUCAUUUACGGUUGAUUGAAUCAACCUUUGAACUGUUCAAGUGUGGAUUUUGUUUUAGUAUCUGAUUCACCAAUAAAUAAAUGAACAUUUAGAGGAAUUAUUUAUUUCAAUACAUUUCCCGACUGUACAUGCAAGUUCAUGAAAAACUGUUGGAAACUGGCAUUAUUCAUUUGUACAAAAUAAAGGAAAUACACUUUAAGUUUUUUCAUUCUUGUUCAUUCUUAAAAUGAUUGUUUUUAUGCCCAUUGCUGGUACAAAAGAUCGAAGUUGAAAGAAACUAAAAACAAUCUUCUUUUCAUGCCAUUUUGUAGUAUCCCUGUACACUAUUCCAAAUGUUGAGAUGUUCUAGAAUGGUGAGAUACAUAAUGACAGAAUAUCUUAAUUUUGAAUACUUUAAAGAUGACUACAAAAUAUAUAUCCUCUUAAAUUUUGAGUUAUUGCAUUUCCAAACAAAAAUUGGAAUCAUUUGAAUCAAUUUGUUUUUUUUUCCACCUAUCUUAUGAAGUUUUCCAAUUUUCUAUCUUGGUAAACACUAAUUGUACACUAUGUCCAUGGUUGUAAACGUAGCAAACCUGUCACUCAGGCAGUUACGGAGAUACCUGUAUAUCAAUGUACUAUGUUCAUGUUGUACAGAUUUGUUCUGAAUCUCAAGAUGUUGUACUAUCACAUAAUAUUUCUUUAAAAAGAAAUCAAUGAGGAUGAUCUGCUUUAAUUUUAAUGUCAUGAGCGAGUCUCAUGAAUGGUUUGAAGAAAAUGUCCAGUAACAAAGAUAUUUUUCUAAAUGUAAAGAAGCAUACUGGUUUAAAAAAUAUUGACGCAAGUGCUGUGGUCUUCAUUAAGGCUGUGUGAUAUUAAUGUGUGAUAAGAUGGGUUCUUAUUAAAAUAUUGCAUUUUAA